CUUAACAGAGGACACUGAUUUUACUGUGACACCUACUAAGGUAAUGCAUUUAUAAUGUGGUUUAAUUCAUGGCUGUAUAAUGCUUGGAACAUCUAAAGAAAUGAUGCUGAUAACUUUAAUUUGAUAACUUUAGCUGAAACAUUUAUAAAUCUCUUUGCAACAUUAUUAAACACAACUGCAAAAUGAAAAUAUGUUUGUUACAUUUUUUUUUUGUUUGUUUGUUUUCUUUGCACUUACACUGCACUGAAUAUUAUUCUUGCAUGAGUGUCAAUCAUUGUUUAUAUUUGUUUGCAUCUGAUGUGCAUCAGUGGCUAAUAGUAAGACAACAACUUACAAACAAUUUUAUUUAUCUGUUGUAGCACUACAGCAAAAGUAUUCAAAUGUUCAGAAGUAAAUCAAGUAAGUCUAAUGGGGGAAAUAGCAGAAUCAAGGAACAGUCUUUUUGAUUAGUCUAAUGACAUACAAUUUUUGAAAGAUUUUAACUAAGCAGCAUCUGUCUUUGUGUUUAAUGUUGAUGGCUUAUUUCUGCAGCACCAACAGCUUUUACAAUGAAUCAGCAAAGGUUGAGGAGUUUUACACUGGUUUCCUGCACAAGUCCCCUGGUUUGUCCAGAUUAUCAAAAGGCUUGGUACACUUACUAUUGCAUUUCAACACAAAAAUGUUUUGCAAAAAUCAUGGAAGCGCCGUUUCUUUGUGCUCUCCAAGAUGGCUGAAAACACCUAUCAACUGGCAUACUUUAAAAACCAUGAAAGAAGGGACAAAUGUGGAGAAAUAGACCUUUCAGAGAUCAGCUACCUCUGUACUGGCCCUCAGAACCAUCACAUGUGGGACUGGAUCCAGAGAAACUUCAAGUGUCCUCCAUCUUCUGUGCUGUUUUUGAGGGUGGAAGACAUUGUUUCAAAAUAUGCAAGAGACUAUUUCCUCAUCGGAGAAAACAGAGAUGAGGUGGAUGGUUUGUGCAGUGCUUUAGUCAAGGUUCUGAAGACUGAGAAACUACAAUACAAUCUGCGAGUACCAGAAGAUAUCCUUCAGUCGCAAAGCAGAUUUAGAUCAAAAUCUGCACCUACUAUCAGUUCAGAAUCCAACUUUCAAGAUUGUGAUAGAAAGAGUGUAACUGAUCUUUGCCCCUAUUGGCCCCAAGUUAGACAGUCUGCACCUCCAUGUUUGUGCACUUCUGUGCCACUAAAGGACGCCCACUAUUAUUAUCCUUGCAAGUUCAGCGUAGAUGCAAUGCCAGCAUCAUUCAAGAUUCAAGAGAGUGAUGAUGAGGAUGAGGAUGAAGACAACAGCGAAUACAUGCCUAUGUCAUCAGUGCAGUUUGUAUAUCAACAAUCCCAGGAGGAGGAGGACAUUGCAUGCUUUCAGACAAAGGAUAGAGAGAUAUAUGCUGCUCCUGUGGACAUUUUGAUGGAUUGUGUUACAAAAACACAAUCUGAGGACACUGAAAAUCUGAGGACACAUCAAAUGUCAUCCACUGACUUUGAAGAGCAGAAAACACCUGAACAAAGGUCAAAUAUGAUGAACUACAGUACAAUACAAAACAUCCUGUUCUCUUCCACCAGUUCUUCCCACGAUUUGUGCAGUGCUGCAGUCAACCAGGACAAGAACAAUAAAUCGGAAUGUGAAACACACAUACCUGUUGAGAAGGAGAUCUGCAUUAGUCAAAAUGACCUGAAAAACAGCCUGAUCUUCACACAGGAAGAAGGCAAACCACGUGUGUCUGAGUGUAGGCAGAUUGAGAACUCAUGUCCAUUCCAUAAGGGGGAUCAGAUCUUGGCCUUCAAUGACCUGCUAAUAGACACAGUGGAGGAGAUACACACAUACCUAAAAAGGCUGAGCAAGGAUGAGGUAAAACUGACUGUUCUACGGCAUCCAGGAUCCCUGCCAUUGAACUCUGAACCCUGUCUAUCCCAGUGAAACAGCAUGAAUGUGAAUUAUCUCAUCACCAUUUUGCUAAUUCUAGGCCAAGUUUAGAUCAUUCUUUCAUUAUGAAUGUUUUUGGAGGUACCAUGUUCUCUUUUGCCUGAUGGAUAUUGCAAUAAAUGCUGAUGUAACUCAUCAAUCGUAAAAUAAGUUGAUAAUUGAAAUACAUUUGUAACAUUUAUUGUAACAUAAGACUGUAUAUACAGUAUGUAGUUAAGCCUAUAUGACUGGUGAUGGGUAUGUGCAGUAUAUGAUUAGAUUAAGUUUUUGUUUCAUAAUGUGAACAUAAGGCACAACAAAACCGAAGUAUUAAUUUAUAGCAAAUAUGAAGGUAAUCCACUGUGAAACACUUAGUUAUAAACUGUUCAAAUAUUUUAAACUCUUUAAAGCUGUUACACUAUGAAGCACUUUUUAUAGCCUACAUUUUAUGUACAAAUUUUCUGUCAUUGUCUAUUUUGUUUUGCAAUGCAUGUAACCAAUAGUGUAUUGCCUUUAAUCAUUAUGCUUUGAUUACAUUUUCAGUCACACUUUAAAGUGAUCUGAUUAACUGAGAACAUGUAGUCCACUUAAUACAUAAUUAUUUUGUAGAAAAUCAU